AUGGAUGAUAAUGGUAGUCUCACUGUAUCGGGUACUGGUAUUCCUAAUACUAACCGUCAUGGCAUGGUUGAUUGGAUAUUAACCGCGAAAACCCCCAAGUACCUUUGUAGACACAAGUUCAUCAUUAUUGCCAAUGACAUCACCGUCAGAAUCAUAUCUUUCUGCUCCGUCUAA